GGCGGAUCCGGGGCGGCGGAGACCGAGCGGCUGUAGCGGCGGUACCGGCGGAGGCAGUGGUAGCGGCGGCGGGAGGCAGGAUGAGCGCACGCGGUGAGGGCGCCGGGCAGCCGUCCACAUCAUCCCAGGGACAACCUGCCGCCCUGGUGCCACAGAAGCGAGGACGCGGCCGACCCAGGAAGCAGCUGCAAGAGACAACCUGUGAGCCCUCUCCUAAGAGACCCAGAGGAAGACCCAAAGGCAGCAAAAACAAGAGCCCCUCUAAAGCAGCCCAGAAGAAAGCAGAGACCAUUGGAGAAAAACGGCCAAGAGGCAGACCUAGGAAAUGGCCACAACAAGUCGUUCAGAAGAAGCCUGCUCAGGAGACCGAAGAGACAUCCUCGCAAGAGUCUGCAGAGGAGGAUUAGGGGGCGCUGACAUUCAAUUUCUACCUCAGCAUCAGUUGGAUCUUUUGAAGGGAGAAGACACUGCAGUGACCACUUAUUCUUAACUGCCACGGUCUUUCUACUUUCUGCGGGGUGGGGCAGGGGCGGGGCGGGGCUGGGCGAGGGGCGGGGGCGGGGCGGGAGAAAUCGCAUAACCUUGAGAAGGACUAUAUUAAUCACUUUGUAAUCCCUUCACAGUCCCAGGUUUAGUGAAAAACUGCUGUAAACACGGGGGNCACAGUUUAACAAUGCAACUUUUAAUGACUGUUUUCUUUUCCCUUAACUUACUAAUAGUUUGUGGAUCUGAUAAGCAAGGGUGUGUGGUUGAGGAAAACCUCUGUGGUGGGCUUAAUCAGUCACUACAUGCAAACCCUAAACCGGCACCCUGGUGACCGGGGGCAUUCGUAUAAGAAAAGCAUUGUGUGUGACUCUGUGUCCACUCAGAUGCCACCCCCACCAUGAUCAUAGAAAAUCUGCUUAGGACACCAAAGAUGAGAACAAGACACUACUCUCCUUUGUGUAUAAUCUUGUAGACACUUACUUGAUUUUUUUUCUUUACUUUUCAAUUCUGAAUGAGACAAAAUGCUGGUGUAUCUUUUCAUACAGCUAGCAAACCAGAAUAGGUUAUGCUCGUUUUUUGUUUUGUUUUGUUUUGUUUUUUCAAAAAAGGGAAGUAAACGAGAAACGUUNACUCCUCCGUUUAUGGACUCACACACAGCAGCAGGAGUGAUAAGCCCACAAGUUCUCUUUCCCGCCUCGGGAGAUCUACACAGCNGAAAGCCACUUAGCCAUAUAUGACACUUGUCAGCCUUGAAGCAUCUGAGAUAACUAGCUGAGUAAAAUGAUCCUUUUUUUGGAAUUUAAUGAAAAGGUUAACAGUACCCAAUGAACUCACCCAAAUGAUGCCGUGGGAGGAGCGAAACCGAAAUCUCUUUUGCUAUAUAAAGGACACUAUUUUUAAAAAAAUAAUAAAAACAGCUCCCGCUCACUGUCCUCUCUCCCUCCCUUCUCUCCCUCGCCUCUCUCUCCUCUCUAUAUUCUCUGUUCUUCAUUGUGUACCAGUGUCCGUGAAAGACCGCAGUACCACUUACCUCAGAUGAAGCCUGCGUGUUACAUCCUGUAACACCUUUCGUUUUGACAUAAGAUGGCUAGCCNGGGUGCAUUAUCUUGGUUCGGACUGCCAUCUCUGCAUUCACGCUGCACUUUUAGCCAGAGAUGCAAUAAUCCCCACUACUCAAUACUACCUCUGAAUGCUACAGUGAAUUUACAGCCCUGCAUUUGUUACACGCUGCUAGACACAAGCCCUGCAA